AUGGAUCAUGUGAUUGGUGGGAAGUUCAAGCUUGGAAGAAAGAUUGGAGUAAAUGUUCAUAGUGGAGUAGAAAAUGCUGUAAAGCUGGAAGCUACCACCGAAAACCCUAGCUCCGGUGAAAUAGGAUCAUGUUCUCAGAUCCCCGCCCUUCUCUCCCUCUCUUCCAGAUCUGCUAACCCUUCUUUCCUUCUAUCCCAAAUCCACAAACCCUGUAAACCCACCUUUCUGAUGCGCCGUAGAUCUACAAACACACCUCUAGGAGGUGAUGAUGAGGGAAGUGGUGGAGACAAGGAGGUGAGAAACGCCGCAGGUGUAAAGAAAUUUGUUGACGCCGGUGAGGACACCGGUGACGGCCGCUACGGAGAACAACCUAGUAAAAUAUGA